AUUCUUGUCUUUACUGGACCGCUUUAUGCCUUUAUAAACAGUUCAGAAGCUUGGAUUUUUGCAGUAAACCCCACUUGUUUUCCUUUGUUAAAUUGCAGUUCUUUUUUAUUAAAAUUGAAGGAAUUCUGAGAACCCAUCAUGGAGGACAAAUGUGCAAUCAAGAAAGAUGUAACUGAAUUAAUAGGUGAUACGCCUAUGGUAUAUCUGAACAAUAUCGUCCAUGGUUGCAGAGCUCGAAUUGCUGCCAAGCUCGAGUUGAUGGAACCUUGCUGCAGUGUUAAAGACAGAAUUGCAUACAGUAUGAUUAAAGAUGCAGAAGAAAAGGGCUUGAUUGCACCAGGGAAGAGUGUCCUUAUCGACACUACCAGUGGUAAUACCGGCAUUGCAAUGGCUUUCAUUGGGGCAGCCAGAGGUUAUAAAGUUAUUGUCACAAUGCCAGCUUAUAUGAGCACUGAGAGGAGAAUCGUUCUUCUAGCUUUGGGAGCUGAGGUAGUCCUCACAGACCCUGCCAAGGGCUUUAAAGGGUCAUCGGAUAAGGCUGAGGAGAUAUUGAAGAACACGCCUAACGGUUACAUGCUACGACAGUUUGAAAACCCUUCCAAUCCACAGAUUCAUUAUGAAACCACUGGUCCGGAGAUAUGGAGAGACUCGGAAGGGAAAGUUGAUGUACUUGUUGCAGGCAUAGGGACUGGUGGUACAGUCACUGGAGCAGGGAAAUUCCUCAAAGAGAAAAACUCAGAGAUCAAGAUCUACGGCGUGGAACCUGUUGAAAGUGCAGUUUUGAAUGGUGGAAAACCUGGCCCUCAUUUGAUCCAAGGGAUCGGUGCCGGUAUCAUCCCUAAUGUUUUAGAUGUUGGCCUCCUUGAUGAAGUUGUCCAGAUAUCUGGUGAAGAAGCCAUUGAAACCGCUAAACUGCUAGCCUUGAAAGAAGGUUUGCUGGUUGGUAUAUCAUCUGGUGCUGCAGCUGCUGCAGCAAUUAAGUUGGCUAAGAGGCCAGAAAAUACUGGCAAACUCAUAGUUGUAGUUUUCCCCAGCGCUGGUGAGCGUUACCUGUCUUCUGCAUUGUUUGAAUCCUUAAGGCAUGAAGCAGAAAACAUGCCUGUCCAUUGAUAUGAUAUUAUAAUCCUCUUUCCACUCUGUACUAUGUUUCUUUCGAAAUAGAUUCAAGGGACGUGUUGAGUACGAGUGUGUGUCUGAUUUGAUAUUCUAAUCCUCUUUCCAUUAUGUAUUA